CGGAAGAAAUAAACCGUAGUACCAGCUCUAAGUCUGCUAACUUCCCACUGGCUGACCCUGAGGGUAACAGACAGUCGAAGCAUAAGGGUUUUACCCUGAAACGAAGAUGCUCACUGCCAUGUUUAGAAGAGGCACCUUUGCAGCUCAGAAGGUGUUGCACUGGGCAGGUCCUUCACAAAGAUGCUGGACAUCAGCCCUUACUGGAGCUUCUGAUGAUGGUGGAUCUAGGACCCUGCAGACCUGUUGGGCCUCACCAGCAAAGCUGCCAUCUAAAGAAAGGGGCACUGGACUUUUAAAACCUCUUGCUGUCCAUGGUUUCAAGCGGAUUGAGCUCUUCAUGAGGACUCAAACCCAUGCUGCUUCCUUUCUAGUGAGGAACCAACAUUUCCACUCCUCUGCUGUGAGGUUGAAGAAGCGACCACAGCCUGAACCUCCUCCCAGACAGCUGCCUCUGCUGCGCUAUGACAUGGAGCACUUGUGGAAGGGUCCCAAACCAGCCUUGGUCCUGGGGUUUGCAGGGCUGAUCCCCUUUGUGUCCCCUACUUUGUUCAUGGCUGUGACUGAGAGCUAUUUCCCAGAAUUAGCCUACGCUCAGUUAGCCUACAGCGCCUCCAUCGUUUCCUUCGUGGGUGGAGCUCGCUGGGGAUUCGCUCUCCCUGAGAGCAGCCCCGCCAAACCUGAUUGGAUAAACCUGGCCAACAGUGUGGUUCCCUCCAUGUUAGCCUGGGUGACCAUGCUGAUGAGCGACAACAUUGUUUCCGCAACAUUCAUGGUCAUUAUGGCACUUGGAAUUGCGCUGCAUUACGACCUCUCUCUGCUGCCCACUUACCCCAGCUGGUUCAAAGCCCUGCGUGCCAUCCUGACCAUUGUGGCAUUUUUUUCUCUACUUGGCACACUCCUGAUUAAUGGAACAUACCCAGAAAAGAAGAUUUUCUCAGAUUAAGUAAACUGUAAAGCUGGACAAUAGAUUUUUAUUUUGCUUUUUCUUUAUAUUAAAGAGUUUUCUGCCCCAUUAAGUGUCUUAAUCAGAGCUCUGUCAGAUUGAAUGCUUUUGUCAGGAGUUGUAUGUUUUAUAUAUCAUGCCAUGAACUGACCUCUGUAAAAUCAAAAGAGAAAAUAUAAGGGCAAAACUAUGUUUCCUCUUAUCUCGUCUAAAAGGUCUUUCUUACACAUCCAGCUGUUAUAUUAGAGCUUGUAUCAUCUUUCACAGAGAGAGGAAAUAAGUAUCUGUCAGUGAUUUUUGAUACGACCAGUAGGAGUUGCCAAAGUCAAAGACUUUCAGAUCCUUUCACAGUGAAGGAAAAAAAAUAAAAUGGAUUGAAAAAGCUCAUGAAACCACACUUGAUGAAUAUAAAAUAAAUGCACUUGUGUCUUGCAA